CUGAAUAAAUUAUAUAUACACAGAGCACAAUAUAAAAAUAAAAUAACAGUCUCUCCUCUCUGCCCAUUCCCUCCAUUACCAUCUCUCUCUACAUCAUCCUCCUGGCGAGAUUAAUGCGUCUCCGUCACGCCACCGUCGCGGCGGCGGUCUCCGUGGCGGCCGGUGGCUCGUACCUCGCUCUCCGUAGCCCUAGCUUCUCGGUCAAUGACCGCGGCGGCGCCACCGCCUUCGAGGAGCUUCGCAGGAAGAUCAGCGAUCCUUCCGCUGUUGUGCCGCCGCGAGCGGCGCAGGUGUCGUCGCUCGCCGGAGCUACCGCGACGAAACCGCUGGAUGUGCUUGUGAUCGGCGGUGGAGCGACUGGAAGCGGCGUCGCUCUUGAUGCUGUUUCGAGAGGCCUUCGUGUUGGACUUGUGGAGCGCGAGGAUUUCGCGUCCGGUACGUCGUCGAGAUCGACGAAGCUCAUUCACGGAGGUGUUCGCUAUUUGGAAAAAGCUGUUUUUAAUCUAGACUAUGGGCAAUUGAAGCUGGUUUUCCAUGCUCUUAAUGAGCGUAAACAACUAAUCGCAAAUGCUCCUCACCUUUGUCAUGCUUUGCCGUGUAUGACACCAUGUUUUAGUAAGUUUGAGGUUGUUUAUUAUUGGGCGGGGUUAAAGUUUUAUGAUCUAGUAGCAGGCAAGCAAUUGCUACAUCUGUCAAGGUAUUAUUCUGCAAAAGAAUCUUCAGAACUGUUUCCGACUCUCGCAAAGAAGGGUAAAGAUAGAACACUGAAGGGAACAAUUGUAUAUUAUGAUGGACAAAUGAAUGAUUCACGGGUUAAUGUUGCAAUAGCAUGUAGUGCUGCAUUAGCUGGUGCAGCUGUAUUAAACCAUGCAGAAGUAGUAUCCUUUCUUAAGGAGGAUGUUAGCGGCCGAAUCAUUGGUGCUCGUAUCCGUAACAAUUUAUCAGGUGAUGAGUUUGAUACGUAUGCGAAAGUCAUUGUGAAUGCAGCCGGGCCAUUUUGCGAUGGUGUAAGGAAUUUGGCUGACAAAGAUGCGAAACCCAUAAUUUGUCCUAGCAGUGGGGUGCAUAUAGUUCUUCCUGACUACUAUUCCCCUGAAGGGAUGGGUUUAAUUGUUCCAAAAACUAAAGAUGGACGUGUCGUCUUCAUGCUCCCUUGGUUGGGUAGAACAGUUGCAGGUACCACAGAUUCUCAGACCCCCAUCACUAUGCUACCAGAACCCCAUGAGGAUGAGAUUCAGUUUAUACUGGACGCCAUCUCCGAUUACCUCAAUGUUAAGGUACGGCGUACAGACGUUCUUUCUGCAUGGAGUGGUAUUCGCCCUUUGGCACUGGAUCCUACAGCAAAAAAUACAGAAAGUAUUUCUCGGGAUCAUGUAGUCUGUGAAGAAUUUCCUGGUUUGGUCACCAUUACUGGUGGAAAGUGGACAACAUAUAGAGGUAUGGCCCAAGAUGCAGUUGAUGCUGCUAUAAAAGCAGGAAAACUGAAACCAGCCAAUGAUAGUUUGACUCAUGAUCUGCGCCUUGUUGGUGGAGAAGGAUGGGAAAAUUCAUCUUUCACUGAGCUUGCUCAACAAUAUCUACGCAAUAAAAUGUCUCAUGGAAAAGUUGUUCCUGGAGAGAUGGAUAGCGUCGCAGCAAGGCAUUUAUCUCAUGCAUAUGGCACUUUGGCUCAUCGAGUGGCUAAAAUAGCCCAGAAUGAAAAUUUAGGGAAGCGGCUUGCACAUGGAUAUCCUUAUUUAGAAGCCGAGGUUGCCUAUUGUGCUCGGGAAGAGUACUGUGAAUCUGCAGUAGAUUUCCUUGCUCGGAGAUGUCGUCUUGCAUUCCUUGACACUGAUGCGGCAUUUAAGGCACUGCCACGCGUCAUACAGAUACUGGCUACUGAACACAAAUGGGACAAGUCAAGGCAGAGUAAAGAGGUUGAGAAAGCCAAUGAAUUCUUGCAAACCUUCAAGGCACUGAAAAAUGCACAGUUCCAUGAUGGAAAACACAACUAGAUUCUGAGGUGGUCAUCCUUAAUCAUAAAGACGCUGGAAUAUAGUGGAAUAGACGAAUGCAGCUUUUCCCAACUAAAUAUUUUUAAAGUAUAUACCAGUCCUUUCAAGCUGAACACGACAGGCACUUUUCAGCUCUAGAAAUUUACGUUCGAGAGCUUCAUUCUUAGAUUGUUUGAAUAGAACUUUUUCCAAAUAAUCCCGCAAUUUGACCUAGAUCUCUGAUUUUUGUGCUUUAGGUGAAGAAAAUAGCAAAUAAAACUUGUAUUUUAUGGUAGCAAACACUGGACAUACUAUCAUUAAAAAAAAAAUUAGUGUGCAAAUAAUAUAAGACCUGGCUUGGUCUGGUUUCUGCUGCACAUAAA